AUGACCCUGCUCAGCCCUUAUACCCUCAAUGCUGUGGACACGGAGUGGCACCUGACCCAGCGGCUCUCCAAAUGGCUACGGGGGGAGAAGAUGCCAGGCAAACUCUUCCAGGGUCUCUACAGGCGUCAGAGUGAGAAGGGACUUCAAAAUCUUCACCAGAACCCUUUCACAGAGCAGGUGUGGGUGGUGGCCCAACCUCUGCUCACCCUGGACUCAUCCCAACUUGUGCCACACUCCUCCUCUUGCAGCCAGAGCCCUGCUAACUCCACCGGAACCUUCUCUGCCUUCACACAUGCUCUCAGGGUUCCUCAGUCUUUGCCCCUUGAAAUAACCCCAAGCAGAUCCCAGAGCUUUCCAUCACUGGUGCUGACUAACCCCAUUUUGGCAAUCACUCCUCCCUGUUCGGAUAUAAGGGACCAGUCCAAUCUACACAGAAGCUUCAGCCUCACAUCCAGCUCAAAGCUUCUGCCCUAUGCUCAGCUCAGGCCUGACCUGGGCUUGCAGAACCGCCUCCUCUCCCCCUUCUACAUCUCAAGCUGGUCCAGCGUCAGCUUCCCACCUCCAAGUGCCCCAGGACCCCAGGCUUCUGAGGCCAUCCGCACCAAAGCUGUGUUCCAGACACCAGAGCUGGAGGAGAGCAAUGCCUGGAUGGCAGUGAAGGAGGCUCCAAUGGAGAACACCAUGACCAUCAGCCUCACCAACCCUCCCGAUGCUGUCAUUGGCUGCUACCAGCUGAGCACCAAGGUUUCCUCUUGCCGCAAACACAGUAACCGGAAUCUGGGUGAGUUUGUUCUGCUUUUCAACACAUGCUGCCCAGAUAGGAGCUCCUGAGAUGAUGUGUUUCUGGCCACAGAGGAAGAGAGACAGGAGACGUACGUGCUCAAUGACAGCAGGAUCAUCUUCCGAGGAGUGGAGAAGCACAUCCGAGCCCAAGGCUGGAACUUCGGGCAGUUUGAGGAGGACAUCCUGAACAUCUGCUUCUGCAUCCUGGACCGAAGCCCUAGUCACCAAGAUGACCCAGCCACCGAAGUGUCCCACUGCCACGACCCCAUCUACGUCACUGGAGCCAUCAGCGCCAUGGUGAACAGCAACGAUGACCAGGGGGUGAUACAAGGCCAGUGUCAGGGCAAGUACGGUGGCAGCACCAGCUCACUGCACUGGCGUGGCGGCAUGGCCAUUCUGCACAAGUCGUUCAAGGGCAGGUUCAAGCCAGUCAGAUACGGCCAGUGCUGGGUCUUCGCUGGAGUCAUGUGUACAGUCUUGCAAGCAUCCUGCUCUUCACUCCUUGGGUGCUUGGGGAUUGCGACACGGGUUGUGUCCAAAUUUAACUUGGCCCAUGACACGGGCAGGAACCUGAGUGUGGACAAGUACAUAGACUCCUUCAAGCGGACGCUGGAGGACCUGAUGGAGGACAGCAUGUGGAAUUUCCAUGUCUGGAAUGAGAGCUGGUUUGUCCGGCAGGACCUGGGCCCCUCUUACAAUGGUUGGCAGGUUCUGGAUGCCACCCCCAGGGAGGAGAGCGAAAGCGUGUUCCAGGGCGGCCCGGCCUCAGUCACCGCCAUCUGCGAGGGCGACGUGCACCGGGCCCACGACAGUCCUGUGUUUGCGGAGGUCAACGCGGACUUCAUCACCUGGCUCUGGAAUGAGGAUGAAGCCGGGAGCGUGUGUCCUCAGACACUAAGUACUAAGAAGAUCGGGAGGUGCCUCAGCACCAAGGCAGUGGGCAGCGACUCCCGCGUGGACAUCACCAGCCUCUACAAGUAUCCGGAAGGAUCCCAGAAGGAGAGACAGGUGUACAGCAAGACCAUGAAGAAGCUGUUAAGAGUGGAAACCUCUGGCAGGAGAGCCCAGGUCCACAGUGUGGGCAGCCAUGAUCUCUGGCGUGAUGACCUCCUGGAGCCUGCCACUAAGCCCAGCAUCACUGGAAAGUUCAAGGUGCUGGAGCCGCCCGUGCUGGGCCAUGACCUGAGGCUGGUCCUUUGCUUGGCUAACCUCACCUCCCAGGUCCAGCGGGUCCAAGUCAACAUGAGCAGUGCCACCAUCCUUUACACCUGCAGGCUGGUGGCAGAGAUCCUACAUGAAUCCCAUGCAGUGAAGCUGGGGCCAGAAGAAGAUAAGAAUGCCACAGCUGGGUGGGACCUGGUUGGCCCAGCUCCUUUUCCAGGAGGGUUGGGGUUGGGGGCAGACUUCCCAGCAUCCUACAUUCAUUCCCAGGAAAAAAAGGGAUAUUUCUGUGCAUUUGCAGAUGAGAAAACUGAGGUUCAGAGGGGCUGA